AUGCGCACGCGGGGCAAAAGCAAACGUUACGUGCACAUCAUCAAAAUUGACUCGGCAGAAAUCCAGUGUGAGAUUUUAGCUUCACCUGUGAAAUGUGAUGAACUGGUUUUCAACCAAAGCGCGCAUAGGGAUGACUUGCCCGUUUCAAGUGGUAGUGUCUCCACAAAAUUCGAAGUCGGGGGUGUACUCAAAUUUACUCAUUCUGUAAGAGCACUGAUUCAUCAUGGAUACACGGUGAUUCAUUGGAAAAAAGUGAAGUUCAAUGGCCAGAUAUUUCCACAUCUUAGACGUGUUCCUGCAAUGGUACAUAAACGUUACAUUAUAGCAGUAGGAAGGCCAGUCGUUCUGGCAUAUGCGCAUUACCCACUUGCCAUACAAGCAUGUGGCUACAAGGUGCUAACUUAUAUGGGACGACUUCCAUUUCGUCUUUUCAAACUAUUUGUUCGUAUGUGCUGCCUUCUCUCACCACAUAUCAUCAAAAGAAAAUACACGGGCACGGGAAAUUACUCUAAAUGUAUACCAUCAAUCGUGAUGGCUGUUGACUUCCUGAACAGCAUGGCCACAUUCUCUACCAGAGCCAAUGAGUACCUCGUCAGAGAAAUUAAGAGGCACCCGGGAUGA